GAUCAGCUUGUGUUGGUUUAUUUUUAUUUAAUUAGAAAAUACAGAAAUAAAUUUUACCUGGGACUCUGCCGUGUUUUGAAGUGCAAUUUGUAGUUUCACCUUUAUGGUGGCUUAUAUUGUGAUACCACUUCUUGAUGUGAAAUUCAGUGUUUCGUAAAUUGUGCUUGAUAAUAAAUAAAAAUAAUUUCGUUUUCUGAAAUAGUAAAACGAAUAAACCGGAUUGAAAGGUGUUCCUGGUAGCGUGUCAAAAACAUAAUCUUGUGAGAUAUAAAAUAUAACGUCAAAAAAAUAUAUCGACUCAAAGUUUCACAAAUUGAAAAUAAUAUAACAAAAUCGAUAUUUUGUUUGAAAAAAAAAAAAAAACGACUCCACGCAACUUUUGUUCAUCGAGUAUCAAGGAGUGCCGUGCUACGGGUGAUUUGCCAUCAGUCUCCAACGAAAACCCAUAGACUUGAGGCUUCAUUGCCAGUCCGAAGACCAUGUCCUUAGCAGAAGCACCAUCCGACAACGAACAGUUAAAAAACGACCGCGUCGAAGACAACAGUGUGAACAACAAAAGCGACGGCAAAAAAAACGACGUUAGUAAAAGCGGGCGGCAGAUGUCAGAUUCUUACAUGUGGAAAGAGCAGAUCCACACUCUGAUGAAGGGCGGAGAGAGCGAGUCCGAUAUAUCGGACUCCGAGCACUUCCUCACCAAGGGCGCCUUCCUUCUCACUCCCUCCCAUGGCCUCAGCAUGGAGAAAGCUUCGACCAUCUGCGAGAAGAUGGAGUUUAAGGGAUGCUUCUCUCUGACGAAGACGGCUACAGGCAUCCUCUUCAAAUUCUCCAGCGUUGACGACUACCAGAUGGUCUUCAAGAAGGGCUUCCAUAAGGUCACCGGGUCCAGGUUCUACAGAAAGAUCGCAAUCCCGUGCAGACCACAGAAGACAUUUACGAUCUACGUUUACGACGUCCCGGACGAGGUGCCGGAGGAGGACGUCAGGCACGCGCUGUACAAGUUCGGCUCUGUGGUGGAAGUCGUCCGUCUGCAUUUUUCUGGUUCGCCCCGCGACGGUAAUACUGGUACUUCCACUCCGAAGCCCAUAGACAAGACUCCUCCCCGCGCGCUGACCACCAUAGACGGCGAGCUGGUCAGCAGCAUGAUCCCCAAGGAAGCCACCAGCCUCAUCCGCGUCACCCUGGCUAACAUCGAGGAAGCUAACAUUCUUCUCCAAAACGGACUAGACUUCUACGGAGCUACAUACUUCCCGACGGAACUGUCCACGCCCGCGCAAGCAGCCAAAUUGAUUAAGCCAAGCAGAGUAACUGGAGGCACGGUGUCAGCGAGGGUUCGGGAUCUGCUCCCAGUGUUCGACCAGCAAGGGUUCGCCAAGUUCGCCCCUCCCUCUUCCAGACUCGUCAAGCCAAGGUCCAAAUAGAGACCUUCAAAAUGUACCUCAUUGUACACCUAAUGGCAAUCGAAACUUCGACUUCGUGAUCUGAUUUUGCCUACAUUAAGGAUAUAAAUUUUAUUUGCUCUAUUCCUCCGACAAUUAAUGAGCUGGCAUCUUUAUACAUUGGAUCUUCAAUCGUCGUCAAAUUAUGUAUAUCUAGCCAUAACCUUUCAAUAUAUCUAUCUUUAAGUGGAUACUUACAAUUUCUUCAAUAAAUAACACAAAUUCUUGGACUUCAUAAAAUUCACCAAACAUCGAUGGCAGUACACCAGACAGAUCUAAAACUUCACGUAACCUUGUCAUUUUGAGAUUUCUUAAAGUGAUAACUCCAACGGACUUGUACUUAGGACUUGAUCUUACGAUGUAACAUCAUUUAAUCGACAACACUACUCUGAAAAGUGGAUCACACAAAUUUAUAUACUGUUAGUCCAAUAAUAGAACUAAUAUUACGUUAGGCCAGUCACACAUGGUAGUAGGUAUAACUUUUUUCAUCAUGCCCAUUGUCGCUUUUUGUUUUGUUUCUGUACCAAAUGCAUUUAUUUUUAGUUAAAAGUUAAUGACUAAUCAAAUGUGCCAUCUAAAUAUUUUCAUAGACAUAUAUUUCGUAUCAUCAUUUUGUUACAAUAAAAUAAUAAGAUUAAAAUUACAUUGUUUGAGUUUC